UAUAAUUAAUAAGACUACUUAUAAAUAAUUUAAAGAACUUGACAACAUAUGAAUUACCUUACCGACAGAACCCAAACUAUUCUAUUAGAUAAAGUUACUUCAUUUUGACGGUCUCGUGAGUUUAAUUCAGUAACUCUGGAAAGUUAAUACACCGGCGCGCGACGCGUCCAUAGCAACAAACAUGUAUCAUUGUACUAGAGACUGAGGAGCGUGAACAACAGUAGCGACGUUUUGCCUCUCGGUGGAGAAAUUACGUCGGAAACGUCAUGUUUUGUCGCGUGUACGUCUUCUCCUGGGUUAUUCACGUUUAAAACGUGCUCUUAGAGUUUGAGCAGUGUUUAUUAUGUCGGUUUGUGUGAAGUCCAGCCCUACUCCUUCUGAUGGACCGAAACAUGAAGAGACGAACUAAAUUCUCUCCCAAUAAUAGUAAGUAUCUAUCAUCUAUCUGUCUGUCUGUCUACCUACCUGUCUUUCUGUCUAUCUGUCUAUCUAUCUGUCUUUCUGUCUACUUACCCGUCUAUCUAUCUGUCUGUCCGUCCAUCUGUCCACCUACCUGUCUUUCUGUACAUCUGUCUUUCUGUCCAUCUAUUUGUCUGUGUGUCCGUCUGUCUGUCUUUUUGUCUACCAACCCGUCAAUCUGUCUAUCUAUCUGUCUUUCUGUCUACCUACCCGUCUAUCUAUCUGUCUUUCUGUCUACUUACCAAUCUAUCUGUCUAUCUAUCUGUCUUUCUGUCUACUUACCCAUCUAUCUGUCGAUCUAUCUGUCUUUCUGUCUGUCCGUCCGUCCAUCUGUCCACCUACCUGUCUUUCUGUCCAUCUGUCUUUCUGUCCAUCUAUUUGUCUGUCUGUCCGUCUGUCUGUCUAUCUGUCUUUUUGUCUACCAACCCAUCAAUCUUUCUAUCUAUCUUUCUUUCUGUCUACCUACCCGUCUAUCUAUCUGUCUUUCUGUCUACUUACCCAUCUAUCUGUCUAUCUAUCUGUCUUUCUGUCUACCUACCUGUCUAUCUGUCUAUCUUUAUGUCUGUCCGUCCGUCCAUCUGUCCACCAACCUGUCCAUCUAUUUGUCUGUCUGUCUGUCUAUCCGCCUUUCUGUCUACCUACCCGUCUAUCUGUCUGUCCGUCCGUCCAUCUGUCCACCUACCUGUCUUUCUGUGGAUCUACCUGUCUGUCUGUCCGUCCGUCUAUCUACCCGUCCGUCCGACUGUCCGUCUAUCUACCCGUCUGUCUGUCUACCUAACAGUCUACCUACCUACCUACCUUAUCAAACCCCACCCAUCCAUCCAUCCAUAUAUCUGUCUUCAGUGAAUGGAGAACAUUCUUUGAGAGAGGACACGACUAUGAAAGACAAAAGCAGCCUGCAAGAAGAGGGAAUUCAUAGUGAUGUAAUUCCCGAUGAGCUCCUUGCCACCCUCACCUCCACCAUAUGUCCUCAAAUCGCGCUCGGACCCCUGAAAUUAACCAAAACUCCCAAGGACUUCAAAGUUUGUUUACAACACCGGCCUGAUGCAUUAUGGCAUCAACCCGCUGGCCGAAAGAAAUACAAAUACUUUCUCGACCAGCCAACAUCUAUAAGUGGAGCUGGAAGAGAUAUAUCCUUUCUGUGUGACGCCUGCGUAUAUCAGAAGGAUCGAUUGCACCCUCCGUCAAUGGAUGAACAAGACUCUGCUCUGUUGCAUGGAGAUCAAAAGGACAUGAGUCCACUGGAAACAUUAAUUCCUGAAGAAUAUCACAUCAUUAAAAGCAAAGGUCUUAGGGGACUGCAAUGCUAUGAUGACAAAUUCACAGUUCUGCUGGAAGACAAUGAAAAGAAGCUAAGAGUCUUUCCAUCAAUGAAGCCCACCAGUCGGCUUGAGGUGAUGCAGCUAAUGAAAGUAAUGGAUGAUAUGCUGGAAAAAGCAGGAGUCAACCAAGACCUUCAAGAGCUAUCUGAACUCUCUCAGAUGGAAAAUUUACUGGAGCUGGUCAGAACGGAGCAGAACAUUUACAACAUUGUGUUCCACGAGAUCAUCCGCCAAGUCAGUGUUGAAUGUGCCGAGAGGGGUCAGCUUCUCGCCAAACUCAGGCAGAGGUAUGCGGCCCUACUCGACCGGAUCCCAUGGCAGGUGAAAGGCCUACACUCGGAGACAUUAGCACAGAGGGCAUUCGACCGACGGCUCACGGAGGAGAUCAUGAGCUUUAGAAACUCUGUUACAAAGCUUAAUAUGGAACUAAGUAUGAUGAAGGAACACGAUGAGUGUGUGUCCAAAGAGGCAGAGGAAUCAAAAGAGGAACUCGCUAAAGCUCUAGAGGAAUCACAACGCAAUGCAGACAUUGUAGCAAAGUAUCAUGAUCUUUACGAGCUGCAGCGAAGAAGACUCGGGGGUCAGAUGCUCCAUCUGUCUGAUGAGAGGGACCUUUGGAGAAAAGCAACGUACAGCCUCGCUAUAAAGAUAAUAAAGAUAAAUAAACUCCAGCUGGUCAAACGGCUAAAUGUUAGCGAGCAAACCUGGGCCAAGACUGCCGAGCACUUCACUCUCGUCCUCACAACAAAGGAUUCAGAGGAUGUAUCGCACAUGAUUGAGUUGACCGACCAAUGGAAAGAGAACCUUACCACCUUCAUGGAGAACCUCAGAAAGACUGAAGGCAGUCAAAGGGAGACCAUCCAAUCUGUCCGAGCUCAUGUUGUCAAAUGGCAGAAGUUCUGUGAAGACCAGUUCAGGAGCCCUGAUAUGAAAACCAUUAGAUCUUCAGAGGAGGAACUGUCUUAUGACCUGAAACAAUGGUCAACGGUGUUAACACAACAAUGUGAGCGUUACGGAGGGGAGGAGCUAGUGUCCAGUCAGGAAACACUCGAAAUGCUAACAAACCUACAAGAGUCCUGGAUUGAGGUUUGUCUUCGGCUCUUUAGGAGACACCCGGCUUCAGAUGGAGGCCCACCUAAAGGUCAAGAGGCCAUGGGAGAGCUGUCUAAAACCAUCACUGAGCUUCACAAACAGCUGAGAAUCCGCAUUAAUGGAGAAAGUGGGAUCCAUGCAACACUAAUGUCACUUAGUGAUAAUAUGGAGUUCUGGUCCAGAAGACUAAAAUCCCAGAGUGGACCUGAACGGCAUACUUCAGGAGAUUGGGGGAAGAUGGAGGAAGCUCUUGGUAGCUUGAUAAAUCUGUUUGAAGAUGCCGUUUUGCUGGUGGACAGUACACAACUUGAACGGGACAGGGCCAAGAAAUUACCCCAUGCUAGGAUUGACAUCCAUGAUGUCCUGAAGACAUUAAAGGAUUUCCUGUUCUCCCAAGAAAACUUCUUUGACUGUGAAGACAUGAGGCUUCACGAAGAGGUCAAUUCAAUUCACUCCAAACUGAUUCGCUGGAUGGUGGACCUUCUGCUUGUUAUGGUGCCACAGGUAGAUUCGGAUGACCAGGCAUCUCUUCCAUCGCCUGAAUUGAACAUCAUAGUCGACAUGUCCGCAGAGAAGUUGGAUAAAGAUGCAAGCAUCAUCUCAGAGAAACUGGAUAACCUUUCCAAAUACAUCACAAGCUCUUGUCAGGCCAUCGUGGAAGAAGAAAUCUUGAAGACCUUAACUCAGCAUGACACAGAGAAUGAGCUUCACCAACUAGCCAAGCUUCAGAAGGAAUGUAGCGAUUGGGUGGAAUGCUGUCAGGUCCUGCUGUUGGAUAUGAAGGGAAGUCCUGUGGAGAUGCAGCUGUCUGUGCCACAGUCUGUUAGCGAGAUCGCAUUAGAGGACGCCAGCAUGGACUCUCUGUUAGUCUUGGCUUUAUUAAAUGUCACGCUAUCACCUCUGCAGGGGGAAGACCAGGGUGUAAAGGCUAAAGACGGCUCAGUCAUCAAGCUAAUAGGUUAUGAUGGUAAUAUCACAGAACAGGUUUUGGGAGAGGAAACCAUCCAGCUUACGGGGACGGAUGAGCUUGUUGUGUCUCCUCACACUGAGAAUGCCCAGCAAGCCUUCAGUGCUUUAGAAACAGUGCGAUCUCUUCAGCAGGAACUUUUAGAGGUGGAAUCUCGUGCCGUCACUGCAGAAGUGCGGGCGAUUAAAGCUGAGGAAGACCUGCAGGUGGCUCUCGACAAGAUCCAAGAUCUGGAGAAACAAUUACAGGGUCUGCCCCACGUGGAUAACAAGUUGAACAAGAAAACUGGACCACCCAAGACCCCCAGCACCCCGGCUGUGUCAUCUGAGCCCAAAACACAUCAGAAAGCCGAAUCCAGCCCCAAAAACACCGAAGGCACUAAAAGACACUAAGGUUAAAACCAGACCUCAGUGAUUGUAAGACAAACUAAAUAAUUUGGCCUUAAUAUAAAACGAGCGCACACUUUGUUAUUUUGUUUCAUCUUCACAAGAGGUGAGACCAAAAUAGAUGUGUUUUAUGUUAGUAAAAGUGUUAGAUUAUUAUUGAUUAAUAGUUAGUGUUGGAUUAUUCAACAGCAAGCUGAAUCAAAGUAAAGUGUGUAUAUAGUGGUAUGACAAAAGGAAAUUGAACAACAUAAAACAUUACGCUAGGUAAACUUAAUGCAAUUGGCUUUUAAAAAGAGGGGGAGUCCUUUAAUACUGAAUGUCCUGCCCUAACUUCCUGUUUUAGAGGAAAUUACAUUCCAUUUUAACAUUAAAUAAACCCCCCCAAAAAACAUACUGGUCUGACAUAUCUCUAAAUCACAGGCAAGUAUUUAGCGCUCUCUUCCGAGUUGUCCAUCAGGGGUCAGGCUUUGAUUGGCUGUUCUGGUUAAACUGGUGAUGUUUAUUGAUUGGCUCAGGUUUUCUCCCUUGAUGCCCCAUCUGCAGGUCACAAAAUCUAACAUAACCUUCGGUUUUCCAAGUUUCACAAUGUUCCUGUCCACACUUACCUUUAUCUUCUCCGUGUCCCUCAGUCUACAGUAAACCCAAUAACUCCUCUCUCUCUUCCUUAACACGUUCUUUUACAGUAUCCACAUUCACAACAGUGCAUCUCGGGAUGACUUGAGCAUCUUUGGCUUCAUGUCUUUCUUCUGAAAUGUCAGGUUUCUCUCGCUCUUUUCUUUUGUGGGGCUCUUGGAAUUUCUAUUAUUUCUGUUAUUUACAUAUUUGACAAGUAAAUACUUGGUUGAGAUAAAUGAAAGUAAAAUGUAGACAUAAAAGUUGCAGAUUUAUUCAUCUAUUGUUUCUGUAUUUUAU